AUGAGCAAGUACGUUGGAGACACUGUCUUUGGACAGCUUGUCCGCUUGUUAUCAAAACGCCAACUGCUCAAAUUUCCGGAUGAAAUCAAUCCCAAGAUUUAUGAACAGUUUGUUAAAAGACACACCGACAGUUCCUUUAACUCGAAGAUCCCGGAAAAGGAGGGGGAUCUUGAAGAAAAGAAGACAUCUCAGCACAACGGCCAGAAUGAUGCGAUACCAGAUGAGAACGGCCUAGGCCAGAACGCCACAGGUAUUGUUCUUGUCGACUGGCAUGGAAAAGGUGACCCAGAGAACCCCCAAAACUGGUCCGGCUCGCGCAAGCUCCUGGUGACGUUUCAAAUUUGCAUCCUCAACUUUGGCAUCUACAUCGGGAGCUCCAUCUACACGCCCGGUGAACUAAGUGUCAUGGAGUUCGGUGCCAAUGAGAUUGUGGCGACACUUGGACUCUCGCUGUUUGUUCUUGGUUACGGCCUUGGCCCCAUGCUCUUUUCGCCCAUGUCUGAAAUGCCACAGAUUGGUCGGAGCAGGAUUUACUUCUGGACCCUCUUCGCCUUUGUCUUGUUGGAACUGCCGACGGGUUAUGCAACAAACAUGGCCAUGCUGCUCGUCUUUCGAUUUCUUACGGGCUUCUUUGGUGGUCCCGUUCUCGCAACCGGAGGGGCGACAAUCAUGGACAUGUACCCUCCAGUGGAGGUGCCGUACUGGAUCGGCAUCUUUGGCUCGGUGGGAAUUCUAGGUCCAGUCAUGGGUCCUCUCAUAGGAGGCUUCGCUGCUCAGGCUAAGGGUUGGCGCUGGACUAUCUGGGAACUGACCUGGCUUUGCGCUGCAGUCCUGACCAUGAUAUUCUUCUUGAUGCCCGAGACCAGUCAAGCCAACAUUCUCUAUCGCAGGGCGAAGCGAUUGAGAGCUACGACGGGUGAUUCGAGGCUGAAGAGCCAGUCAGAGAUCGAUGCCGAAGGAGUCACUGUCAAGGAUAAUCUCAUUGUCUUGGCAAGAGCUUUUACUCUGACGUUUUCCGAGCCGGUCGUAUUCUUUGUGGACCUUUAUUGCGCACUCAUAUACGGCAUUCUUUACCUUUGGUUUGAAUCAUUCCCAUUGGUAUUUGGGGACAUCUAUGGGUUCAACAUUGGCCUUCAAGGGCUUGUCUUUCUCGGCAUUUUCGUUGGAGGAGUUCUCACCUUGCCCUGCUACCUAUACUGGAUCCAAAAACACCUGGUUCCGACUCUCACACAGCCGCCAAUUCGUCCAGAGGUAGUUCUACCGCCGACAUUUUUCGGGGCCGUCGCCCUUCCUAUCUGCCUCUUUUGGUAUGGAUGGACAGCGCGCUCGAGCAUUCACUGGAUGGUGCCACUGGUUGGGUCUGGGUCUUUCACUGUUAGUAUCAUUACGCUGUUUAUGCCGGUCCUCAGCUAUCUGGGCAUGGCGUAUCCUCAAUACACGGCCUCGGUGCUUGCUGGGAAUGCCCUCUUUAGGGCUUCUUGCGGUGUUGUUUUCCCCCUCUUUGCGCGGGCUUUGUUUCGGAAUUUGGGUAUUGGUCCUGGUAACUCUCUCCUGGGUGGACUGUCGAUUCUGUUCAUCCCGAUCCCUUUUAUCCUUUUCUAUUGUGGUGAAAAGCUUCGCCAUCGUAGCAAGAAUGCAGCACACGCUGUCUAA